AUUUUCAGCUUCUUUAUUUUUUUCUCCAGACAGUCCAUAACCUCCUUCCUGCUCAACGCCACCCACAUGGUUCGUUCCAUCUUCAAAUCGUUUCUAAAUCUUACAAAACCCGUCGCUACCAUCUCCAUACUACCACCUCAUUCAAUCUCCAUUCCUACCACAAAUCCAACAUCAAGAAUCUACCUACCAGUUGGCAACAGAAUUCAACAAUCAUUAUUUAAUCCACCCCUUCAAAUUCAAGAAUAUGGGUCGGCUAAAUACAGCACCAAUAAUAGCAAUGGAACUGUUGAUACGGGUCUUGUUGGUGGGAAAGAAUACUUGUUGAUGUCAGAUGAGGAGUUGAUGAGGCAAUGCGAAAUGGACACUUUCAAGGCUUCAGGUCCAGGUGGACAACACCGCAACAAGCGUGAAUCUGCUGUUCGUUUGAAGCAUAACCCUACUGGGAUUGUUGCUCAGGCUGUGGAGGAUAGAUCCCAACACAUGAAUCGUGCCUCUGCUUUAACUCGUUUACGAGUGUUACUGGCUCUUAAAGUUAGGAACAACAUCGAUCUUGAUACAUAUACACCUCCUCAAGAGCUGCUUCAAAUUCUUCCCGCUAAAUCAACAAUCAGGGGUUCAGAUUGCGGCCCGCAGAUUGGACCAAAGAAUCCUAAGUUUGCUUUGGGAAUGCAAGCUUUACUAGAUCUAAUUUUUGCUGUUGAGGGCUCGGUAGCAGAUGCUGCUAAGAAGUUGGGGUUGAGCACUGGGGCUUUAUCAAGAUUGUUAUUAUCUGAUGAUAAUCUCAGAAUGGCGGUGAACGAGUUCAGAAUAUCCAAGGGUAUGAAGCCUCUGAAAUAGGACUCCUUCGUACUAUUUGCUCUUCAUUUCCAUUUGAGAUGUCAAGCUUCAGGAGAUAAUGCUGGAGACAUGUUUGAAUAAACAAUGUCUGCUUAGUGAUAAUUUUUGUGGAAAUGAAGUGUUGCUGCUGAUUCUGAUAUGCUUGGCAUUAGGUCUGCUGCGCUGGAAAAGUGCUGCAAGUUUUUAUUGUAAAUUCCCUUUUCUUCUAGUUUUCUGCUGAUUCUGAUAUAAUGGAUCAAUGUAGAAAAGGAUAUUGGCUGUACCACAUAUACGCUGCUUCGGCGUACGUAUAUUUUUUUUGUUAACUUCUCUGGUUGUCU